GUUUCAGUUUUCAAACCACGACCAUGUUCACCAAGGUAUUGAGCAUUUCUGCCCUCGUGGCAUUCGCCAGUGCUGGACUUUUGGAUUACCACCACGCUCCAGCUCAAAGCAGCGCUUACUCCACUGUACAUGUAUCUCAACCAAUUGCUCACGCCCCAGUUCUUGCUCACGCUGCUCCCCUUCUUCAUGCUGCCCCUGUACUCGCCCACGCCGCUCCAGCUCACCACAACGUAGACUACUACGCCCACCCCAAAUACGAAUACAACUACGGAGUACAAGACCCCCACACCGGCGACCACAAGACCCAACACGAAGUACGUGAUGGUGAUGUAGUGAAGGGCUCCUACACCGUAGCCGAACCCGAUGGCACCCUCCGCACUGUCCACUACACCGCUGAUGACCACAACGGUUUCAAUGCUGUCGUAGAAAAAUCCGGACACCCAGUUGUUAAGAAAAUCGUUGCUGCCCCAAUUGUAGCUGCUCCAGCUCAUUACUACCAUCAUUAGGGCUCUAUGUUUUAUUUAUUUUCUACUUUUGUAAAUAUUUUUCCUUAAUAAA